AUGCAGGCACCGCUAAGCUUUCUGAUGAGAAUUUUCUCUUUCUCCAUUCCACGGGCUGUGUUUCAACAACAAUCUCGAGGAGGACUGGCACCAGUUUUGGAGGACAACGUAGGAACCGGAAAGCAUUCAACAUUCUGCCUUUGUCGAAUGGACGACGGAAGAAUCAGCGCGUUGGCUGUUCGACUGACGCUCAGAAGUUCGGAUGAAAUCUUGUGUGCCGAUCUGAAUGUGGUGGUCGGUGCGAAUGAUGAGAGGUGGGCUGUGGUGGGCGUCAGCACGUUUCACAUGAUGGAUCUCAUGAUGAUCGUUCCGAUGACAAUUUGA